GUACAAGAGUUUGUUUUGAUAGAUCUUGGGAAAAUGGCAUUGCCUUGAGAAUCAUAUGAAAAGUGAAAUGGAAUCAUCAUCGGCUUCGAAUCAAGGCGAGUUCGAUUACUUGUUCAAGCUGUUGAUGAUCGGCGACUCCGGCGUCGGCAAGAGCAGUCUUCUCCUCAGCUUCACUUCCGACUCCUUCGAAGACCUCUCUCCUACCAUCGGUGUUGAUUUCAAGGUCAAGUAUGUUAAUGUCGGCGGCAAGAAGCUCAAGCUUGCAAUUUGGGAUACAGCUGGUCAAGAGAGAUUUAGAACCUUGACGAGUUCAUAUUACAGAGGAGCGCAAGGGAUAAUUAUGGUUUAUGAUGUAACAAGGCGAGAAACAUUUACAAACCUUUGCGAUAUAUGGGCCAAGGAAAUAGAACUCUAUUCAACAAAUCAAGACUGCAUCAAGAUGCUUGUGGGAAACAAAGUCGAUAAGGAGAGUGACAGGGUUGUAACCAAAAAAGAGGGAAUAAAUUUUGCUAGGGAAUCUGGAUGUCUCUUUAUUGAAUGCAGUGCUAAAACUCGAGUUAAUGUCCAGCAGUGCUUUGAAGAGCUUGUUUUAAAGAUUCUGGAUACUCCUAGUCUGUUAGCCGAGGGUUCUAAAGGGUUGAAAAAAAACAUAUUUAAGGAGAAACCACAGUCCAGUGCAGCCGCAAGCAGCUGUUGCUGAAGCUGAAAAGUUUAUCAAACUUUUGGCAUUUCAAAUCUCUCUAACUAGCAGUAAACGGUUACUUCGAAUUCCCAACGAAUUAUUGCCAUUGUAUUUUUGUUUUACAAGGACUGCAAAUUACUUGUAAAAUAUAAAUUAUGUGAUUUAUGCCUUUUAUGUUGAGUUUUCUUUUGGACUGAUCUGGUAUGUACAAACAUAAUGACAUUUAAUAUUCUGUCCAGCCCUGGAAGAAUUACUGAUGUAAUACAACACAUUCAAGCUGAUUUAUUCGUGCAUUGUA